UAGCUGGCCACUCGUUUUAAUAUUCAUUUUCAUUUUCGUCUCCUUGCUCUCCUUCCUCGGGUUUUCCAGAACAAGAAGAAAGAGAGAUAGAGAGAGACAGAGAGAGAGAGAGAGAGAGAGAGGAUUGAAAUUUUAGUCCUUUGAUAUUCCGUUUCUUUAGAUUUUGCUUCGGCAUUGAGUCUCUCGGCACGUUCUUGAGAAAAAUUGUACUUUUCAGAUUCUUGGGCUUUGGUUUUAUUUCAGAAGAAUUUGUUUGGCCAAGGAAAUCUACAGCUGGUUGACUACAUUUUUGCUCAAGAGAUCUAUUUUCUGAGCCUUGACAGGUUCAAGAUUUUUGGGUUGCAGCCGGUUACUUUCGCCGGCCCGCGAUCUCUUGGAGGCUUUCUUGGAGAGUAAGCUUGAGGGGUUCGAUUUUUUCUUAUGCGAGACGCCAUUGAUUGUGCAAAGAAAAGAAAAAAAGUUGAAGUCUCUCUCUCUCUCUACGCGUGGUUGUUGUGGGGUUGGACUCGUGUAAUGCUGGGGUCAGAAGCUCCAACGGGGUCUAACAACCUUUGUCUCGAUUGGGUAUCUCUGAUUUUCGACGCAGAUCGCCCAUAAUCGAAGUUCACCGAGAUCUGAAGUUCUUCGAAACAUCUUAGGGACUAAAUAACAAAAGAGAAGAGGAGCUAAAGAUGAUGAGAAUGCAGACUAAGACCACGGGGGUGGAACCAAUGAACGGUCGAGGUGGUGGUGCUGAGCCUGGAGGAACUUCCGAGUGGGAGCUAAGGCCCGGAGGAAUGUUAGUCCAGAAGCGAGACCCGGAUUCCGAUCGCAACACGGUUCCGGCACCGACAAUUAGAGUUAAGGUCAAGUACGGGUCAACCUACCACGAAAUCUAUAUCAGUUCUCAAGCUACAUUUGGAGAGUUGAAGAAAAUGUUGUCGGGGCCGACAGGGUUACACCAUGAAGAUCAAAAGCUGAUUUACAAGGAUAAAGAGAGGGAUUCAAAGGCGUUCCUCGAUACUGCUGGGGUGAAGGACCGAUCAAAGAUCGUGCUAGUUGAGGACCCUAUUAGUCAAGAAAGACGAUACAUUGAGUUGAGACGAAAUGCAAAAAUGGAGAAGGCAUCGAAAUCUAUCUCAGAAAUCAGCCUGGAGGUUGAUAGGCUUGCUGGCCAGGUGUCGGCUCUGGAAUCCAUAAUCAAUAAAGGUGCGAAAGUUGCGGAAACAGACGUGCUUACUCUGAUUGAGCUAUUGAUGAAUCAGUUGCUUAAAUUAGAUGGAAUUGUGGCCGAUGGAGAUGUGAAAUUGCAAAGGAAAAUGCAGGUGAGAAGAGUGCAAAAGUAUGUUGAAACUCUAGACAUGUUGAAGAUAAAAAACACAACACCGACAACCAGCAAUGGAGGUCAAAAUCCUAUGCAACAUCCUCCUCAGAGGCAAUCAAACGGGCAAAGACGUGCCCCGAACCAUGAGCGGCAGAGGAAUUCCAAUGGGCAGAGACUGGCACCAAUUCAAGAGCAGCAAACGAGGCGUUCCUUUGGGCAUUUGUCGAUCAAUCAGCAACCACAACAAGAGGAGCAGCAGCAAUCAAGGCAUUCGACAUCAGGGGUAGUUGUUACGACCAAAUGGGAGACAUUCGAUUCCACUCCUGCAUUGGUUCCACUUCCUUCCACAUCCACAUCCACCUCAGCCACUCAUAACUCAGACAAACCAAAGUUCAGUUGGGAAUUGUUCGAGUAAGCCACAGGCCGCGUAUAUUUUUUUUUUUCCUUUUCUUUUUGGUUUGUGUGGAUGCUGUGAUUUGGGCUUGUCUUUUACUUGGGUUUGGUAUCUUUUUCUCAUUCUUUUCUGUAUCUAGAUUUUGUUGAGCACCCCCUUUAGUCUGUCAUCACAAAUAAAUGGGGUCAGUACCAUAUAUUGAUUAUUACAGACCUGCUGUUCCCUUCCUCUGUUUUCCUACCGCCAUCUGAAUGUUCAGUUCCGAUAGGGAUGUUUCCAUGUAGAUUCGUUACUUGAAGAUUAUAGGCUAUAAGACAUUCAGAUGAAGGAGAUGUGUAUCUUGCAAUCACUGUAAUCCCAUCCGGACAAUGUUCUCUCUC